AUGCUGAGGAGAACCCCCUUGCACCUCGCAAAGGAGCUGGCAUACUUUGAGGUCUGGGAACACUUUAAACGGUUUGGGGAUGUGAAGGGCGCCGACAGCGUGACGUGUCGAGUCCUUUGCGCCGAUGACGUUGCGGAGCGGCUCAACGGGCGGGUGAAGAUGCGAUACUUGUUGGAGCAAUUUCUUGUGAAGAGCACCUCUGCGGGAGGGACACGCGGUGAGCAGCAGAGCUGGUGGACGGGGGACUUCGCUCGCAGUGUAAAUAGUGACCGCCGUGUCCUGGCGCAGAUGUUCCUGGAGGACGACUGGGUGUUGGUGCAGAUCAACAACUGCGUCUCCGAGCGCGAGUGGCUCAUCACCACCAUGACUUUUCUUCGGGACCGGGGUGACGGGUGA